CUUAGGCCUGGGUCAACACAGCUUUACUGCCCACUGAACUGCCCUCUGCAAUUGAGUCGAAAUAUACGCCCUCCCACCACAAUACUAACGACGUCCAAUCUGGACCUUCUAGCAAUUGCCUUCAUUCACGACAUGCUUGGCUAAAACCACAUCUUCUGACGCCUACUUUACACCCGAAACCCCGCCCCUCAUCCAUCCCACUCGCGUCUCUCGAUCCCCGUCGAGUACCUGGCGCCAUGGCAGCCAUGAGAGGAGGGCCGCGGAUAGCGGUCGGGUCUUCGGCCUGGAUUGCGGAGGAGCGGUCAUCUGCUCUGCAUAUAUCCCAGUCUGAAGUAGAGGAGUUCUCGUUCGCUGCGCGUAACGAGAUGGAGUGGCUGAACGAGCAUAUGGCCGAGAUCUUCUCGGAGAACCAAAUGAACGUUGCCGAGCUGUUCAAGACGCCGGGAAAGCUACGAGGGAAGACACCGCGAACAGCACGGAAAGCCAAUCCCGGAGAAGACCGCGUUCCCUUGUCGAGCAUCUUUGCAGCAACUCCAAAGGGAACCCCGAAUCCGUUUUCCAUGCCCAAUGUAAACAAGGCACAAACUCCCAGAAUCAAGGUCGCCGAGGACAGAACCAGACCUGCGAAAUCCAGACCGCACAGCCCGGUAAAGGCGGCCCCCGCUCCUCCACAGCAACAUGCUCCCGCCCCUGUAUCGAUUAUAGACUCUGGAUAUCACGGAAGCCAAACCCAGGAUAUGAAUUACUAUGGGCAAGAAAUGGGCGACCACCAGAACAAGCCAGAAACUCUUGGCAGUGUCGAGGUUACGGACUUUGCCAGCAACCCGGCAGCAGCUGUGCAAGCUGAGUAUAUGAGCCCGACUCAAGGGUCAAUGGAAGACACUUUCGAGUCCGCGAAGGAAGAGCAGACGCGUUAUGUCACCGCUAAUAUGACCAUGAAGCCAACAACAACUCAACCCACAGCCCCACCAGAGUCGAUCACGAGUCCUGCUGCUCCCCAGACGCAGUCUCCAACUAGACAUACACGGCCCAUCUCACCAAAGAAGCUGUCCCCAGUCGAGUCCUCACCUUCCAAGUCCUCUCCUGGGAAGGCGAUUUUCAGCCCGAGACCACAGAAGACCGUCAGUGGGACAUCCGAGGAUGCCGGCGGCAAAGCGGAUGGGGGAAUGGACGAUAUUCGAUCAUCUGAUGGGUCUAGUCCCAUCCGACCCAUUGUUCGGAAGAGCAGCUUGAACUUCGCCUCACUGCCAGCACGGGAGCCGCUGACCUCGACUAAGAGUCUUGGGCCCCGUGCAUCUAGGAUCAGCCAUCUUGAUCAGACACGCACAAGCUAUUACCAGAGGCAUACUGGGGGUAAGAGCCUGGGUGUAAACGCGCAGCUAGACAGGGAUGAGGACGACGACGAGGACGAGGACGCGGAUGACCAUGAUGUUAUGGACAUUGACGACGACCUCACCACCCCGAAAGACGAUGUUGCCGCACACAACAAGACCUACACUCAGCGACUCCAGGACCAGAUCAGCAUGCUUGGAAAGUCCCAGCCGAGCGGUCCGAGGCCAUCUAAGUCGCUGGCAAAUGUUCUACCCGCGCAACAACCUGGGCCUGUACAACCAGCAGGGCAGUCACAAGCUCGACCUGUCGAGGAGCCUGUGCUAUCUCCAUCCCCCAAACACAGGCAGCAUGCAGUUGCCCCAGGGGCGUUCCCUGAGGAUGAUGACGAUGACUGGAUCUCACCACCGUCACCCACGCACCAAGCUAUGCCAACCCCUCGCCCCACCGUACCAAAACAUCACUCUGCUGAUGUGAUGGAGGGUCUCCAUGGGAAAGAGACUGUCGGUGGAUCCGAGUUUGUCCUCCCGAGAAGCAGACCAGCUUCCCCCCUGAAGGAGCCCGAGAUCCCAGAUCGGACAACCAGCGCCCUGGGUCACGGUCACGCCAAGUCCGCGUCCGUCCCGUAUCUGCCGUCUGGUGGUGAAGAGGCAACCCCCAAGAAGGGUAUAUCCGUUUCGAAUCCAAGUCUCAACACGGUGUCGGAGGAUGAUGUGUUGAGGACACCGUCCAAAUCCCCGUCGCGGAAUCUCCGCGACAGCCCUCUGAAGCAAGUUAAGAACAAACUUUCCUCAAUCCUGAAGAGCUCCAAGGGCCUGCUUGCUAGUAGUGCAGCUCUUAGCGCCGAGGGGAAAUCGUUGAUCUCCCCCUCCAUGACUAGACUAGGUUUCCACGGGGGCCAGUCCACCGAAUCGCUGAGGGGGCCCGAGCAACUGUAUCCCGAUCUCUCCCAACACCAAGCUGGACCUUCGCGGCCGCAAACAGCAUCUGGGAGCACUUUCCGCAGGACUAGAGCUUCUGCGGAGCGGGAGAAGCGGGAGGCAAAAGAGAAGGAGAAGGAAGCAAAGGAAAAGGACAAGGAGCUCAAGGAGGCUAAGCGCCUUGCUGAUCAGAUGGGGAAGCUCGAAAAGGCUCGUGAGAAGGAGCGGGAGAAGGCACGCGUUUUCAGCAAGGAACGGGAGAGAAUUGCCGAUAUGGAGAAACAGAUUGCCGAGCACAAGGACCAAGGCAAGACACCACAGGCUGUGGAGACACCAGGACCAGCUCCCAGGAGCCCGCCCAAGGCGACCCGAUCGAGCCCCAGGAAGGCCAAGGCUCAACCCGAGGUGGAGGGGAGGAGCACUGCUGCAGCGCCGGAGUCCAAGACUGGAGACGGUGACGUUGACAUGAUGGAUGGCCCCUCAACCAUGGGGCCGCCUCAAGCGCCCCGUUCGGCAGCAUCUUCGGUGCCUCGCGCGCAGGGACUUAAACGACCAACCAAGCCUACCAAAGAGAUCCCAACUAAGACGAGGCAAGCCCCGACCGUCAUCCGCGUCAACACCACGAGCGCGCAGCAGUCGCAGUACCAUCAUCCAUCGAAUAGCGUACUGGCAGCCACUCUCCAGGAGACACUAGGACCUCAGAACCACGGCCCUCAACGUCAACUGGCGAGCAAGGCAAGCCAUGGGUCCCUGCAGACAAAGCCAUCCCUUCAGAGCCUGAAGGGCUCUUCGUCUGGCAGGCCAAAAGCUUUGGACCUAGCCGCGAAGAGGAAGGAACAGGAGGAGCGCGAGACCCAGCGGAAGCGCGAGGCAAAGCUAGAGAUGGAGCGGAAGCGGGCUGCCGCGCAAGAAGAAGAGAGGAGGCAGGAGCAGCAGCGCCGACACGAGAUGGAGGCGCAGAAGGAAGAGGAGCGGAAGCAGGCAGCAGCAGCCAUGAAGGCGAAGAAGGACGCCCAGAGGCAGGCCGCAAUUGAGAGGGCGAAGCAGACCAGAGCUCCGCCGCCAGCAGCCCGGCCGCAAGGAAACGCGGCGCCCGAGUACAGCUUAGCAGACAAGGGGCCGUCUCGACCCCCCUCUCGGCCCCCGUCUCGCCUGGGGUCUAUGAUACCACAGGACGGCAGUCGGCCGGUCAAUGCAGUCCUAUCGAACUCGUCGAAGAUGGGCGCCAAGCGUCCAUUGCAGCAGGAGGCCAACGAGGAUGGUGCCCGCCCUCCAGCACAACGGACUGGCCCGUCCUACCAGCCCAAGGAUGUGAAGCGGAUGCGGAUGAGCGAGGAGUUCGACGAUGACAUCGAUAUGGCAGAUAGUCAGCCUCAUGUCAUCAAAGGCCCGCCUGUGCGUCCGUCUGGCGGCUUUAAGAAAGAAUUACCUACCAAGUCAAUGUUUGGCAACGGCUACACGCCUGCUCCUCAAGGCGUGUCGAGGGACCUCUUCAAGUCCACCGUCACGGCGCAGCAUGCUAGUCACGCCAAGGUAGCCCACCCGCUGGAGAUGGCACAGCUCUCCAAGGGCGCCAUCCCCUUCGCACCCAACCCGAACGGCGCCGGGGCGCCCCACAAGACGCCGGCGCGACCAGCCGGCGGCCAGGGAGCUAAAUCGGCGGCCAAGUCGGCGGCCAAGUCGUCGCCGCGGUUCCAGAACGGCGACGCGAUCGAGCUGCCGGAGAUCGAGACGGACGAGGAAGACGAGGACGAGAGCCACAUCGGGGUGGCGGCGUGGGCGGACUCGCCGGACCUGCGGCGGGCGCUGAUGCGGCAGGAGACGGUGGACCCGAUGCAGAUAUUCGGGGCGCCGGCGGCGCUCAACAUGGAGGAGGUGUUCAGCAAGAGCAAGGACCGGUUCCACAAGUUCCGGGCGCGCACCAGCAGCGCCAACUGGAGCGGGUCGGACAGGCUGACGGAGGAGGACAUUCGGAAGGACCUGCAGGCGCGCGACCGGAUGAGGCGCGAGGGCGGCUGGACGUACGAGCUGAAUCGUGAUGGUCUGGCGUAGGAGAGGACAUUUGGGGGGGGGGGGGGGGUUGCUGUUGGGUGUGUUA